AUGGCUCAAGAUCUGCUUUAUCGGGGAGGUUUUUGGAUGGAGGGUCGUGUUGACAACUACAACGACAUGGAGGAAAUUAGGAGGAUGCUAUGGCAACUUACAGAACGCAUCGCUCGCAUUGAAGCUCGAACCCAGAUAGGUAAGAGUUCUGACAGGGAGGGAUGUGUGAACCCUUAUCUGAACCGAGUAGCUCGCAUCGACACUCUAAGACAUUUUAGUUCCCACAAAACAUGUGUCAGACUCUCAGCCCACGCCAACCAAUAG